CUACGAAGAACAAUUCUCUCAUAUCCAAUACAUAUCUUCAUAUUCUCAAAACACACGACUUAUGUCUUCAUCUUCUUCUGAACAUGAUGUUGAAGAAACGGCUGCAUCUGCAGCUGCAGCUGUAGCUGUAGCUGAAGCUGAAGCCUUUAUGGAAGAGUACAUGCGCCAAUACAUGGAGGAUAAUAGUAUCCAUCAACAUGUGCUGCGAGCAAUAGCGUCAAACACACCUCACACGAGACGAUAUGUGCAACGAGAUCGGGAAGGAGCACACGAGCGACUCAUGCGGGAUUAUUUUGAUGAUAAUCCAACAUGGGGUCCCAAUGUAUUUCGGCGGCGUUUUCGGAUGCGAAAAGAGUUAUUCACUCGCAUAGUGAAUGCUUUGGAAGCCCACAACACAUGGUUUCAACAAAGACCCGAUGCCACAGGGAAGAAGGGUUUCACGCCACUACAAAAAUGCACGAAUGCGAUUAGACAGUUGGCAUAUGGUGGCCCAGCUGAUCACUACGAUGAGUACCUGCGGAUUUCUGAAACAACAGGGUACGAGUGCUUGCGCCACUUCUGCCGAGGUGUUAUUGAGGUUUUCGGUGGACACUACUUGAGGCGGCCAACCGUUGAUGACUAUCAGCGCUUGAUGGAGAUGCACGAGCAGAGGCAUGGCUUUCCUGGAAUGCUCGGGAGUCUUGAUUGUAUGCACUGGACAUGGAAAAAUUGCCCAGUAGCAUGGAAAGGCCAAUUCACCCGUGGCGAUCAUGGAGUCCCAACAAUUAUGCUUGAGGCGGUUGCAUCUCAAAAUUUGUGGAUCUGACAUGCUUUUUUUGGAGUUGCAGGGUCCAACAAUGAUAUAAACGUGCUUAAUCAGUCUACACUAUUCAACGACGUUCUACAAGGGCAAGCGCCUUCCAUCCCAUUCACAGUAAAUGGCACGCAAUAUGCCCAUGGAUACUACUUAACAGACGGUAUAUAUCCUGAGUGGGCAACUUUUGUCAAGAGCUUCCAACAUCCUCAAGAUCCAAAAAGAAGGAAGUUCAAGGAAAUGCAAGAAGCUGCGAGGAAGGAUGUAGAACGUGCAUUUGGGGUUCUCCAAGCUCGUUGGGCAAUGAUUAGAGGUCCGAGUCGCCUCUGGUAUAAAGAAAAUAUCACUGACAUUAUGUAUGCUUGCAUUAUUUUACAUAAUAUGAUAAUUGAAGAUGAAGGGGAAAUGACAAGCCAAUGGGUUGAAGACGAACCAAACACGUCGAGCAACAAUAUUGCAGGGGAAAUAAAUCGUGGUUCGGUAGGAGGAUUCAACGAGUACCUCAGAAGGGGUGCUAGAGUACGUGACAAAACAAUACAUCACCAACUUCGAUCCGAUCUGGUUGAGCACGUGUGGGCGCGAUUCGGCGAUGAUUAGUGUCAUAAUUAAUUUUUUUUAGUUUGUCAUCAUUUGGUAUUUAAAUUAAGAUGUUGUGUGUAUUUGUGUUUUUAAUUUUAGUUGUGUGUUGUAAGCAAUUAAUUUUCAAUAAAAUGUGCGUUUGAAUUUUAA